AUGUCCACUUCUACACCCAUACCCAUUUCCCUCAACCACCCUCCUGACCUCCAAACUCGUGACGACAUCAUCGAUGCCCUCUAUCGCGCCGUCCUCGGCUUCGAUACAACCGACACCAGGCUGUUCGACUCUGCCUUGUUCCCCGACUCAACAUUCGACCUUUUUGGCAACGUCAUGAAGGGCCUCCCCGCUAUCCACACAGAGUGUUUCGAUAAAAUUUCAAAGUUGGAUACCACGCACUUCCUCAGCAACAUCCGAGUUAGUAUGGUCGAGGGGGACCCGAACAAAGCCAAGGUUACGGCGUCGACGCUCGCGCAGCAUUAUCGCCCUGGAGAAGGAAACGUGGAUGAUACGUCGAGAUUAUUGGGUGGGGCCUUCUAUUACUGUGACGUUGAGAGAGAUGUGGCUGGUGAUGGAUUAUGGAAGCUUAGGAACUGGGUGAUAAAACUUAUUUGGACGGAGGGGGAUAAGGGGGUUAUGAAGGGGGAUGGAUAA